AUGCAUCUGUCCGCUUUCCUCGGUCUUGGUGCCGUCGCUGUCAGCCAUGCAGCUGAAUCGCGCAACAUCCUCUACUACGACCAAUGGCACACUGCCAAUCUACCCCCCAAGUCGUUGACCAGUAGCGUCACCCACGUCAUGAUGUCGUUUGCCAACUCGUCUCUCUUUACAACCCAGCCUGCUGGAAAGUACGAGCCAUUCCAGCCUCUCACUCAAGUUCGCGGUCUUUUCGACCACGAUAUUAAGGUCUGCCUUGCUGUUGGAGGCUGGGGUGACAAUGCUGGGUUUGACGAAGGUGUCAAGACUGAUAGCAGCCGUCAGAGAUUCGCCCGCAAUGUCGCUUCUACUCUGGACAGACUUGGUUUCGACUGUGUUGACAUCGACUGGGAGUACCCCGGUGGCAACGGCGCGGACUACAAGCAGGUCCCCAACUCCAAGAAGACCUACGAGGUUAAGGCUUUCCCCAAGCUUCUCAAGGAGAUCAAGAAGUUCAUUGGAGACAAGGAGCUGUCCAUCGCUGUCCCAGCUCUUGAUAGAGACAUGAUUGCCUAUAUCCCCAGCGAGACUCCCCUCAUCAACGAGGCUGUCGAUUAUGUCAACGUCAUGACAUACGAUCUCAUGAACCGCAGGGAUGCCUACACCACUCACCACGUCUCAAUCCAAGGAGCUGCCCGCGCCAUUGACAAGUACAUCUCCCUCGGCUUCCCUGCGUCCAAGCUGGUCCUCGGUAUCCCCUUCUACGCAAAGUGGUUCACUACCAAGAAGGGCUACACCUGCAGUCAGCCAAUUGGCUGCCCUACUGAGCUCCUUGAGAACGCAGACGGAAGCGACACCGGCAAGUCUGGCUCCAUGACCUUCGAGGCUGCCAACUUUGCCGCACCCCCCACGAACCUGACUACCACUCCUGAUGCUACCUGUGGUGCUGGCACAUUCUUCAAGUGUGCUGAAAGCUUUUGCUGUGCAGCAUCUGGCUGGUGUGGUGACUCCGCCGCCCACUGCGGUACCGGUUGUCAGUCUGCCUACGGCAAGUGUGACGGCACUGACCUCUCAACCUCAUUCCAAAAGGCUCUCAAGGAUGGACGCACCGACGAGAAGAACGGAGGACAAUGGUACUGGGAUGCUGAGACACGCAUCUUCUGGUCUUGGGAUACUCCUGAGCUCAUCUCCAAGAAGAUCGCCCAGUUGGCUGCUACCCGAGGUGUCAAGAGUGUCAUGGCCUGGGCUCUCGCACUCGACAGCCAUGACUGGAGCCACCUCAAGGCUAUGCAGCAGGGUUUUGAUCGCGUCAACGCUUAG